AAAUGGAGGAGACAGAUUAUUGGGGAAGUAUCGAGAAAGGUCGCACAAAUUCAAAAUGCUGGUUUAGGAGAGUUUAAAAUUAGGGAUCUGAAUGAUGAAAUUAACAAACUACUCCGGGAGAAGAGUCACUGGGAGACAAGAAUAGUGGAGCUAGGGGGUCCAGAUUAUGCAAAAAUUGGUCCAAAAAUGCUUGACCAUGAAGGAAAGGAAGUUCCGGGAAACAGAGGAUAUAAGUAUUUUGGUGCUGCUAAAGAUUUACCUGGAGUCAGGGAACUUUUUGAACAUGAACCUGCCGCACCACCUAGAAAAACAAGGGGAGAGCUGAUGAAGAAUAUUGAUGCUGAUUACUAUGGUUACAGAGAUGAAGAUGAUGGCGUGUUAGUACCGCUUGAAAUGGAAUACGAGAAAAAAUUAAUAGCUGAAAGAGUAGGAGAUUGGAAAUCACAGAAAGAAGCUUUGUUGUCAGGGGAUACAGGGAUGAAAGAUGUGGAAGAGGAGGAGGAAGAUAUUUAUGCAGUUGCACCAGAACCAGAUUCAGAUGAGGAAAGUUCGACUGCCAUGGAAACUGAAGAUGGUCAGCCAAGAUAUGUUGCUCAUGUGCCAGUUCCUUCCCAAAAAGAGGUUGAAGAAGCGUUACUUCGGAGAAAGAAAAUGGAACUCUUAGGAAAAUAUGCCAGUGAUAGUCUCAUUCAACAAAGUGACGAAGCAAAGGCACUGCUAGGACUCUGAAGAUGUGUGUUGAUCACAGUUUUUGUGUCCAUUUGAUGAAGAUCUAACCAAAACCAACGAGUUGUUGUUUUACAUGUGGUAAACCUCAAAGGUUCAUAGCUGUACUCAGAACACUCCCUGAUUUAAUAUAUUGCCAAGGUUAUCUAAGUAACUUAUACAAAGUGGUAUAUUAAUAUACCGGUUUAUUUAAGUGCAGUGGUUUAUUAUUAUUAUUAUACCAUCUUGGUGAAUAUCAUCAUUAUUCUUGUAUGAUAGUUGGCAUUGUAGUCAUUCAUAGCCAAUGGAGAAAGCCGUCCAUCAUACAAGAUUGAGAGAGUCUUACGGUGACCGAAAUUUCACAUUGACUACGCUCAUUUCAUGACAUGUGACUGGAAGAAUAUACUGCAUACGCUAGUAUCAUUACCAGUGUGUAUAUAAAUAUUCUGUAGUAUAUAUGAGUUACCCUACUAUAUACUAUAUAUAUAUAAAGUGGUGUACAGUAUCGCAUUAAGUGUGUAAUAAUCAUGCUAUAAUAAUACUCAGCACAGCAUAUCAAUUCCUCCAAACCAAAGUGGUGUUUUUAAAAUAUACUAUGUCCUGUAUAGUUAUAGUUAUCCCUGCAUCACAUGGUCCUGUACAGUGUAUAUUUGAAAUACACCAUGGGCCCUGGUGGAUCACUCCAACGGAACUAAGUGAUGUGAAGAAGUUGUAUCAACCACAUUCCCUUUUAGGUGCUUGUAUAUGGCAUAAGAAUUAACUGAAGUCUUGGCAUUAAAGUUAUUUUAACUAUGUCUUACACUGGGGUAUUGCAUGAAUGCAAUAAUUCUUCAUAAUUGAAUUAUAAAUGCUGGUGGUAUAUGCAGCAAUCUAACGAUACUUAACCAAUGCAUCCUUUUAUAUAUUGGUAUCUCUGCUCGGCUAGAAUAAAAUCCAGUGAAGGAAGUCGAAAAUACAGUAAGCAGUAGGCAUAUCACUGAAAUCUAUGGGAAUCUGGUAUGACCUUUGUGGCUAUUAUAUUUGGGCGGGGGGGCAUAUACUUUUUACAGAAGCAAGACAUUUCAUUUGUAAUAAAAGAUUUGUACAUAUAUGUGUAAUAAACUUUUUACUACCAUUCUAGUAUUUUGUACAAAGUGUGAAUGUA